CAAGACACUCCGAGCUAAGCGGCCCGGAAAGACGUAUUCACCUCUUCGCCUACAGGACGAAUUGAGAAUAUAUACUUAUAGAUAAGUGACGAUAUUCCUUUGAUAAUCUCAAAUUGGGCAUGUUCGUGGAUAAGUGUUUUUUUCCCUGAGGGACCAGUGAUGUAAUAGCACUCGCGAUAGUCUUCACGAUUUAUCUCUUGGAAUCCAGACAUCGGGGACACUAUAUCGAAGUAUAGGUGUUGGAUAGAAUUCCGGAGGAGAACACACGACCUCACACUGCUGAUCUACAUCAGGGUGAGUGGAAGACGAAGACGAUUUUAUGACAAACACUUGACCUGAAGAUCAAGAUGAACACGUCAGAAGCACCCGUUACCACGCCAAGCCCAGUCAACCCGUGCUCACUGGAUCCAAAAUGGUGGUACUUCCUCAUCUCUAGCGGGUGCUCGCUGCUCGGCGGCAUCGUAUUCAUACUGAUCCUGAGGGGGAUCAAGCUCCUCAUAACCAAGAUAAUCUGCCCCAAUACAAACGAGGAUGGUGAAAGGACGGAUGAAGUCAAUACAGCCGUCAUGUUUUAUCUGAGGUUGAAGAGGCGAUGCGAGGAGCUCGUGGCGAGUCAGAACGCACUCGGGAAACUGUUGACUGGCCUCCAUGUCAUCUGUAGUAUCGGUUCAUUCAUUAUCUACAUCAUCGACGCGGAUGAUGAAGAUAACCUUGAAAGCUGCAUCCACUGGAUCGACGACCCCAUGCAGAUUGUCGACUCGGCCUUCAACCUGUACUUUCUGCUUCAUUUCGUUAUACGGUUUAUCGGUAACCGUGACAAGCUGCUGGCCUGGGUGAGCAUCCUCUCUCUGAUCGACCACUUCACCGUCCCUCCAAUGAUUGUAGCCAUGGUCAUCCAGAGGAACUGGCUGGGCCUGCGUUUCUUGAGGGCCUUUGGUCUAAUCGGCCUGUCCAAUAUGCUGCAAGCUUGGAACAUCAUCCGAAGCAAGACCUCCAUCCGACUGGCCCAGCUUCUCUCGCUCUUUAUGGCUAUCUGGCUCGCUGGCGCAGGGGUCAUGCAUUUGUUUGAAACAACGGGUGACUUCUGGGUCGAGGAGGUUGAGAAGCGAAGCAUCUCGAACAAUCCUUAUAUGCUGUGGUGCUAUUUCCUGAUAGUCACCAUGUCUACUGUGGGAUACGGGGACUACGCCCCCGCUACCACCCUGGGAAGGAUAUUCACUAUCAUAUUUAUCAUGACUGCGCUGGGUUUCUUCGCCAGUUGCAUCCCCGAGAUAGUCGAGGGCAUCUCUGACAAGAAAGGGAUGAUAUGGAAGGGAUCCUACAAGCGCCAAUAUGGUGAGAAGACUGUCGUGGUCUGUGGCCAUCUCACCAAAGAGACAGUGAAGACUUUUCUCAAGGAUUUUCUGCAUAAAGAUCGGGUUGUCGACAAACAUUUGAAGGUCAUCUUCCUUGGUUGUGAUCAGCCAGACCUUGAAAUGGAAGCCCUUCUAAAGCAUUACAUGCUGUCAGUAAUCUACUUCCAAGGCACGGUAAUGAACAUCAACGACUUGGAGCGAAUCCGCAUCAAGGAGGCCAUUGCCUGCCUCAUUCUGAGCAACAAGCACUGCACAGAUCCGGAACAGGAAGACGCGUCAGCCAUCAUGAAGGUCAUCGCCCUCAAGGAUUAUGACCCUGAGGUCAGGGUCGUGGUACAGCUUCUCAAUUAUCAGAAUAAGGGCCAUCUUCUUACCAUCCCUAACUGGAGUCCAUCUCGAGGUGACAAAGUGGUGUGCUUGUCUGAGCUGAAGUUAGGCUUCAUGGCCCAGAGCUGUAUUGCUCCUGGAUUCUCAACACUGUUGGCUAAUCUAUUCACUCUGACGUCAUACAAAGAGAAGCAAAUCGAAGAGGACGACGAUAUUGAAGUUGACAUGAAAUCGUCGAAGAAACAUUGUUUGUUACCUAAGCGCCACAAGAGGACGUUGACGUGGCAGGAGCACUACAAGAGAAGUGCAGCAUUCGAGAUGUACACCAGUCGUUUCUCACAGUCAUUCCAUGGGUUGACAUUCAAACAGGCUGCCGAGCUUUGCUACCGCUCCCUGGACCUGCUCCUGAUGGCCAUAGACGUGCCCCCAGAUGAGUUUGGUAACCGCAGCGUGGUGAUCAACCCGACUAAUGAAUACUUCAUCGAUCAGGAUACCGAUGGUUUCUUUGUGGCCCAGGACGAGACGGAGGUCAGAAGAGUCCGCUUUUACUGCACGAGAUGUCACAAGGAUACUGCGAAAAUCAAGUUCAGACCUUGUAAAUGCGUUAAAACAGGCAUGCAUGAACCCAAGAAUAAAUCCGAGCAGUUACGCACAUCGGGUCUUCUGUACGAUGUCGAGAAGGGCAAGGGUGUCCAAUCGAAUGUCUUCUAUGAUAUCAAUGACGACACCGAGGUUCACAUGGGUGACCUGAACAAGAACACAAACGAAAGUUUCAUGCCCGGGCUGGGAGAGGCGAACGAGAGAGCACUGACCGCCUCCAAUGACUCGAUCAAUGACGACAAACUCGAUACAACUGGUCUGUUCUAUUGGUGUCAGGACCAUGACAUGGAUGAUGUGGUUAUGACGUAUCAGCAGGCCGCCAGCAAGCAUUUCAGCAACCACGUGGUCCUGUGUUUAUUCGCCGAGUCCGAUUCGCCGCUGAUUGGCCUGUGUAGCUUCAUCAUGCCCCUCAGAGCUAGCAACCUCAGAGCCAUUGACAUCAAGCCAAUCCUCAUCAUCGGCAACUUGGACUACCUCAAGAGAGAAUGGACCAACAUCAUGAACUUCCCUCAAGUCUAUAUACUCUCGACUAACUAUGUGCCAAGCUUGACCAAGACCAUCCACAUUGGGAACAGCCAGGGAUCCCCACUCAGCAGGGCCUACCUCCGCGCCGCGAACAUCUUCGAGUGCUCCAUGUGUGUCGUGCUCACUGCCCGCAAGAAUAUGACCGAGAUGAGCUUGGCUGACAAGGAAGCGAUUCUUUGUACACUGAACAUUAAAACAAUGCCUAAAGAUAUCAUGGCCGGUCGAUCAGUGCAUGGUGUUGAUGAUGCACCGGGAGAGCGCAUUCUUACCAUCACGGAACUAGCCAAUGACUACAAUGUACAAUAUCUUGAACAAGACGACGAUACAGACGAUGUCGAAAUCUUCAUGGCUCAGCCGUACGCCUGUGGGAAGGUCUUCACCAGCACACUCCUAGACUCCCUCAUGAGCACAACCUACCACAACCAGAAUGCUCUCGCCUUCAUCCGCGCGCUCGUGACUGGUGGCGUGACGACCCAAGUGGAGCAGAUCUACGCUGAGGGCUUCGGCCUCAUCGCCGGCGACAGAGUCAACCCCCAAGGUCGAAACAGAACGCGCGUGUCUCAAGUGGACUUUGAAGACGAACGCUUUGUGCAAUUCCAGAAUGGUUGUACCUUCGAAGAGUUGUGGCUAUAUGCCAUUCGUAAAUUUGGCAUUAUCCUCAUUGGGCUCUACCGGCUGCUGUAUCCAAGUCAGCCAAACGCAUUUAAACGUUUUGUUAUCACUCUUCCCGCCAAGGAGAUGAGCAUACUCCCCUCAGAUAAGUUUUUCCUGUUGGAGCCGUUCGUACCUACGAGAAAGAUGUCAAGUAAUGUUGAAGUAGAGGAGCAAAACACCGUCUUGUAGACUGACAUGCCAUGGUUUAGUCAACAACAAUUUCGUCACUGUAUCAAAUUGACAGGCCUCGCACGAAGAACGGCGAAGGGCUGUACUGGUUGCAUUCUGGCAAAGAGAAAGAGAUUUUCUGCAAUUUACAUGUAAUUUUAAAUGUGCCAUAUCAAUGACUUACCCUCUAUCGGUCUAUUUUUAUAACAUGUGCUGUACAUAUGAAUUGUUUCGUUUCUUUGACAGACGUUUUUAUUGUUUUUAACUGUAUUUUAGCUGGUAUGGGACCAUAUUGACUUUCAUCAACUUCAACAGGCAUAUACUGGUAUAUUAUCGAUGUUUGAUUCCAAAGUGUGUGUUUUGGAGGGGGGGGGGAGGCAACGUAUACAUGAUGAUGUGGGGUGAUAGAAGAGCUACCAUUAUAAACAAACAUGUUUUUCUAGGUGCAACAACACACUGGCCUACCAGGUCCUGUGGUACAUUUGUAAUUGCACUUGUGUCCUACCAAGAAUUAGAUAAAUAAAGACUAAUAUGAAUGUAUUCAGUACAUUUUCAUCAAGUUGCAUAGACGUGCACAUUAGACACGGUAUUUCAACAAAUCCACCCUCCCACACGGGCCUGUGAAGGUCAGCUACUUGCGCUUUUGGUGGAACGAGUCUUGGCCCUCGUGCCUUGGAGCCUGCUAGACUUCUAUCUUUCAAGCUACAAAUAUUGUUUUAGAUUUGGAAGUCACCUGAAAACCAAGCAUGCAUAUAUGAAGUAAGAAGAGAGUUAACUCACUAGUUUCUAGAAACAGUUUAAAAUUUGUGAUUCUUUUAUUCUUCGUUCUUUGUACAGUUAAUCUAGAACCCAUGAACAGUUUUAUGAGUGCAUUUUACAUUUGAUAUACACAUACAUGUCGAAAUAAAAUAAAACAAACGAAUAAGUAAAAA